UAAAUAUAAAUUCCGGCUAUAUUUUAUCACUUUCAUUGUGUCUUGAUUCAAUCGAAGUGCUAGUUUACGCUGUUGAUAACAAAGAUGUACAAAAAGCUGUUAAAUGUGCUGUUGAAAUGAAAAUCGAUAUAGUUCCGCGUUCAGGUGGUCAUUCAUAUGAAAACUAUGGCUUAGGCGGUAGAAAUAAUACUAUCGGGUUUGGAUAUUACAGCCGUAAGUAUGGUUUAGCUUGUGAUAAUAUUAUUUCUAUGGAAAUGGUUGACGCCAAUGGAAACCUUUUACAAGUUGAUUCUACUUUAAAUUCCGAUCUAUUCUUUGCUUUAAGAGGAGCAGGUGGUGGAAGUUACGGCAUAGUAACAUAUUUUGUCUUUCGUAUUUAUCGAACGCCACCACAAGUUACUUCCAUAAAAUUGGAAUAUAAUAGUGCAAAUAUAACAAAUAUGAAUCAAAUAUAUCGGCUGUUUCAUGCUUUUAAUAAAGUUGGUCCAUCACUUGAUGAUGGUAUUGCUCUUAAAAUGAAGUUGGAUAAAGGUUCAUCAUCAAUUACUGGAUUAUAUUUAGGUCCACCUACCGAAGCACUAAAUGCAAUGAACAAAUUCUUAUCUGAAGCACCAGAUCCGAGUUUAUUAGAAUUUGUUCCACAAACAUUUUUUGAAGCUGUUGAAACACUUUCUAAAUCACCUAAUAAAUAUGAGGUUGUGAAUCCAGUGCAUCAUCCAAAUUUCUUUAAAGCAAAAUCUUUUAUUGUUAAUAUGGGUAAAGGAUUAACUAAACCAGCUAUAGAUUCUUUGGUUUUUUUUUUGAAUAAUGCUACUUGCGAAACUUUUGCUUCAUUCGAUUUAUACGGUGGGGCUGUAAAUAAUUAUGAUGGCUCUUCUUCUUUUAUACAUCGCGAUGUACUUUAUUGUAUACAAAUGGAAUCUGAUUGGAUAGAUAAUGAACAAACUACUGGAUGUGUUGAUGAAAUAAAUAACUUUGGAAAAAGUUUUCAAAGAAACUUUACGUCUUAUGAGAGUUAUCAAGAUUUCAUUGAUAGGGGCUUAGAUGAUUGGCAAAUAAGAUAUUAUGGUGGUAUUUUUCGAAGAUUGGUGCGAAUAAAAAGUAGAUAUGAUCCCAAAAAUUUAUUCAACUUUCCCCAAAGUAUACCUGUACAGCUUUAG